GAAGAGAAAUUAGUCAUGCUCACCAAUCAGUCAGAAGAUCCUGAAAGAUGUGAAAGCAUGGAGCUGGAUAAUAAAAUCUGCGAUCUGAUUGAGAGGAAUAUUUCUCCUGAUCCCAGAGGGGUCACCCCGGGGCCAAUGCCAAGUCACAGAAGUCCAUCUUCUGUGAAGACUCCAGGAAAACCAGCUUCCGUGGCACAUUUCCUACAGUGCACAACUAGAAUGAGUGGUACAGAAAGUUCUACUGAGCAUGCAGAGUGGACUCAAUCAUUGAGAAGAAAGAACUUAACAAAUUCCCUUGAACAAAAGAUAAGGUGCCUGGAAAAACAGAGAAAAGAGCUCCUGGAAGUUAACCAGCAAUGGGAUCAGCAAUUUAGAAGCAUGAAAGAGUUAUAUGAAAGAAAGGUCGCAGGGCUGAAAACGAAACUGGACGCCGCAGAAAGCUUCCUAGGCACGCUGGAGAAGGCGCUGCAGCAGAGCCAGAGGGAGAGCGACCUGCAGCAGCGCGAGGAGAAGGAAAAGGAGAGCCUAAAUGAAGAAUUACAUGAAUUGAAGAGAGAGAAUAAGCUUUUGAAGGAAAAAAACGCUCUCGCGAACCAGAAGAAACAACAUUUUGAAUGUGAAAUAAAACGCCUCAAUAAGGCUCUUCAGGAUGCCUUGAAAAUGGAGUGUUCUUCAUCUCCUGAGGACUGUUUGGAGAAGUCUGAAAUGGAGUGCAGCCAUGAGGAGAUGAGAACAGAAAUGGAAGUUCUCAAACAGCAGGUGCAAAUAUACGAAGAAGACUUCAAAAAGGAGCGAUCAGACCGAGAAAGACUUAAUCAAGAAAAAGAGGAGCUACAGCAAAUUAAUCAAACUUCUCAAACCCAGUUGAACAGGCUGAAUUCUCAGAUAAAAGCUUGUCAGAUGGAGAAAGAAAAACUAGAAAGGCAAUUAAAACAGAUGUAUUUCCCGACCAGUAACUACGGCUGGAAUUUCCACCUACGGGAUCCAUACCUACCGAAAGGCCCUGGGGCUGUGCAGGAUCUACAGAAGUACCCACCAGACCAUCAGUGGUAUGCUCCCGACCUGUUUCCGCCAGAUGUGCAGGACAAGGCAAAUGGUUUCUCCUCAGAAAAGAAAGCCAAUGCGUAG